AUGGAAGCUCAAGCUCAAGCUCAAGCUGAAGCUCCUAACAAGGGGGGUAUCGAAGAUGGUGAGGAUCCGAAGACUGCUGCCUUUAGGGAGCUGAGGGAAGAGACAGGAGUCAAUUCUGCAGAAAUACUUACAGAGGUUCCAUAUUGGUUGACUUAUAAUUUCCUACCCGAGGCUAGGGAAAGGCCCAAAAUCCACUGGGGUACCGAUUAUAAAGGCCAAGCGCAGAAGUGGUUCCUUUUUAAGUUUACUGGCAAAGAAGAGGAAAUCAAUCUUUUGGGUGAUGGAACAGAGAGGCCCGACUACGGGAAGUGGUCAUGGAUGUCGCCUGAGCAACUCAUCGAGCUUGUGGAAGACUGCAGGAAGCCUGUCUAUGAGGAAGUUUUGAGUUUCUUCAGUCCACAUCUCAAAGAGCAGCUUUGAAGCCUCGAAAGAUCUUUCCGUGCUUGAUAUGAUUUAGAACAGUUCUGCACUAAUAAAUCGGAAUUUGUCUCCGAUAAAGGCUUUGAAUUUCGGGUUCUAUAUACCAUUCAGUGUUUCAUAUAUCUAUAGCACCUUCCAGCAGUCGCAUUACUAUCAAAUGCCAAUCUGUCUUCAAAAACAUCUUCAAUGAAUAAAUAGGUCAGCCUUUCAGCUA